AUGGCAUCGCAAGCAAAGCAACCUUCCAACCCCCUUCAGCCUUUCAACCUCCCGCUCAGUCUUCUCCGCCAUGGCUCCGGGUUGAUUGGCUUCGGGCUCCUCUUCGGCUUCGUGGUUCCUCUCACGCCCUAUCCGCGCCUCGGUCUGACGGCCCACAUCCAAUUCGCCGUCGAGGGCACCAUGGUCGUCGCCGCUGGCGCACUGCUCAAUUCUAAGCCAUUUCGAACAGCUGCCGGCGAAGCCUCUGACAAGCGGGUGGUGGAUUAUCUUGCGCCCUGGCAGCGGAAGAUUGUAUACUAUGGCAUGACGGGCAUCUGGGUAACGCUGCUUUCAGAGGCGGCGAAUGCAUGGUGGGGAACGCAGUGGGUGCUUCCCAUUGCGCAUGCUGCGGCGGGUUUGACAGGUAGCGGGCCGGCGCAAGUAUGGAUGGAGAGGGUUGUGAGUGUCGCGCAUUAUCCGUUUGCGAUGCUCUUGGCUACCGUAGUGAGUAAGACCUUGACCAUCCUGGACAUUGAGAGUGGACGCUGA